AGACAGGCGGCAGAAAGAUGGCGGCGGGCAGAUGAUAGCCGAGCCGGAGUUGGGUGUGGGGAUUGUGUGGCUGUGAUCGCAGUAGCGUGCGUCAUGUGCCGGUAGUGGUCGAAGGAGGAGGAGAAAGGGAAGGAAUAAAGAGACGACAAGGAAGGAAAAGUCGAACAAAGCGGCGCGAUGGAGGACGUUAACUCGAACGUCAGUGCCGACCUGGAAGUACGGAAGCUGCAGGAGUUGGUUCGCAAACUCGAGAAGCAGAAUGAACAGCUGAGGACCCGUUCCACCAUAUUGAGUCCGAAACACACGGCACCGGUCCCCGCACCCACACCCGCCCCCGCCGGCAAUUCGUGGCAGCCCCUCCUCGCCUGCUGCCCCAGCCCGGCCCAGACUUUGGAAGGGGAGGUGCUGUCGCAGCUCACGCAGCGGGGAGGAGCCGUGACCCAGUCGCCGGGAUCUUGCGGCCUCUCGGGCUCGAUCGGCUGGGACAGCCCCGGGCUUGCAGAGCGCACGGUGUUGGAUGAGGUGGCGACGUUGGAUCUGGAGACAAUGAGUCUGCAGGAUGAUGGUGAUCAGGAGCAAGAGGACAGCUGGUUAUACACAUCACCAAAGAGGUUACCAACUCCAGUUCAAAAAGCUUUUAGCCCCUUACAGUGGUGCCGACAGGUGUUGGAUCAUCCAAGCUCAGAUAUUGAAACAGCAAAAAGGUCUUUAUUGCACAGACUUGAUCAAACAAUUGCAGAUUCCAAAAGACGCAGCCUGUUUAGUAGCUCUUACUAUCCUGCGAAUUACCCUAGUCCUUUCAGUCCAAAUAGAAGCAGCAGUCCUUUUGGCAGUGGCUUCAGUUCCCCAUCCUCCACUCCAGUUCGAUCUGCUUCACAUGUGAAACAGUUGAUGAUGCCUGGGACUACAGGUUAUUUUAAAGGUUCCAUAGACCAAAAUCCCCUUAGCCCUCCAUCAUCUGUGGAUAGUGAGCUAAGCGCUUCCGAAGUAGACGAAGACUCAUUGGGAUCUGGCUACAAGCUUGCUGAUGUCACAGAUGUGCAAAUCCUAGCUCGAAUGCAGGAAGAGAGUCUCAGACAGGAGUAUGCAGCUAGUACGUCAAGACGUAGCUCUGGUUCUUCUUGCCAUUCAACAAGACGAGGUACAUUCAGUGAUCAGGAGUUUGAUGUUCAGAGUCUAGAAGAUGAAGAAGAAUGUGUUCCUCAUGCUGUGCACCCUUCCCUGAACCGUUUCACUCCAUCUCCACGGCACACCCCACGAGCCUCACCCAGGCAUUCACCUCGGAACUCCCCGCGAUCUCGCUCGCCUGCUCGCAGUCUGGAUUAUGGGAGGGCAUCCGUCUCACCACAGCCCAUGAUCAGUCGUCUACAGCAACCUCGUCUCUCAUUGCAAGGCCAUGCGUCAGACCUCCAAUGCAAUAUUAUAAAAAAUGAAGAAAAGUUGAGGCGCAGUCUUCCAAAUCUAUCCAGGGCAUCUAAUAUCCAGUCAUCAGAAUCUGUUAAAAGUAGUAGAAGUUGUGAUUCAAAUUUACAAGUGCCAAAUGGGGGUGUACCCCGUAUUCAGCAACAAUCUUCAGCGAUACCUUCUCCAUGUAAACUCAGACUUCCUACCACUCCAUCACCUUUAACUCUUCGACAGCCACUAAAAGCAAUGGUCAAUCCCGUGCCUGUCUCUACAGGCUCUGCAGCUAGUCAUAAUAGUUCUGUACCUGGGCCUUCUGCUCAGUCUCACAGUUCACCAAGUCACAGUGCUGCAGGUGCUACCCCCACCAAUAAAGGUCAAGGUGUAGGAAUUCGAAGUGGCUUACCACGACCUAGUGCCUCAGCUGGAGGGGGAUUACCAGUGCCUCGGAGUAAGCUUGCACAGCCUGUUAGAAGAUCAUUGCCAGUUCCGAAGACUUAUGGCAAUAUUAGAGAUGAAAGCUGGAAAGAUGGUUGCUAUUGAAUUAAUCACACAGAACAGUCUGAAGCUCACUCCACUACUGUUCAUGGAACAAAAGGACAUUUAUAGACUGUUCAUUGAAAUAUAGCAGGAUUUGAGAAAAUCCAGUUCUCUGCCAGAAAUCAGCACAAGUUGGUGGAGAUCAUGGAGUAGCACUUUAUUGACAUUAAACAUCAGUUUUAUAUAUCAGUUUUUCAUAAGUACAAUCAGUUUUUCCAUGACUACGUCCUUUGUUUUGAUGCUGGUGAGCAAAUGACAUUGUCAUUCAAGACGUAAUAAAAGUCUGGACACAAUCCCAUAAAAUGCCAAAGAUAAAGCUUACAGCAACUAGCAGUAGGGGAAAUGGAUAAUUAAUGUUGUUGAGACUUUAGAACGAUUAAGUAAAGGAGAAUAUUUGUGGAAGUCUGUUUUGUACAAUCGGAUAUAACAGUGGCAGAAACUGUAUUCUGGAAGGGAAAGGCGCAAUUCCAAUAUCAUGAAGAGCCGAUCUACAGUCAUAGCAAUGCAUAACCCAGUGUACACUGAUUUUUGGUACCAAGACGGCAUCUUGUUUAUAGAUGUGACUACCUUCAGUGAUAUGUUUUCAAAUUACACAGCCUUCUACUUCUAUUAAGUGAGAGUUUGGGAGUGAGGAGCGUGUGUAAUUUUAACCUGUGGCAAUUUGCAAUAGUAUCCAAAUGAUAAAGGUUCACAUUGUUAAUUAUCUUAAAGUUUAAAAAUUAAAUUAAUAGUUAUUCUAAAGUUGGCAUAUUAUUAGCCAAGUGACUUGUUAUGAUCUGAUGGUAAACACAGGAGCAAUUCCGUUGUACAUUGCAACUGACCAAAACUUUCAAUCUAUUGUUAGUGAGAAAAGGCAUGUCGUAACCUGAGUGGUGCUUUGUACAGACAAAAUUCUGUGGAUAAGUGGCUAAGUUGACGAUAUAUUGUAAGUGAGACACUUAGUUUAAGUCUUUGCCCACACAAACUAUAUCCAUCAAAGUGAACACAUUUUAGUUUGCAUAACUAUUUCAGUAUCCAUUUUUAUGAAGUUAACUUUUAUUUUAAAUUGCCAAAGGGCUUGGUGUUAAGCAGGUUUUACACAAUUGCUUAUGUCAAAUUAUAAAGCACUGGCUCAGGAAAGAAUGGUGUUACUGUGCAGCCAAGUUUUCAGCAUGCAGCACAUAAUAGGACGUUCAUUUUUAUAAUUUGUGUUUCUUUAUAUGGUAUGUAGUGAAAACUUAGUCCAGUCAAUUGUAAUCUGAUCAUACCACAGUGCUUGCAAGAAUGCAGCAUAAUUCUAUCUAAACUAUGCACUGGUAUCCUAUUAUAUAAAUAUACUUGCUUGGAGCUGUUCAAUAAAUAAUGAAGACUGGUAGGUACCAUAUUCAGUAAUUAGCAUUUCAACAUGUCACUGUGUGUUCUUAUGAAAGUUUGAGUUUACAUUUUAAUAUAUUUGCAUUCUACUGCAGGGAAUUGUAAGAUUAUUAUUUUGAGUGAUAUCAUGAAAUAAUUUGAACUUCACAUAGUUGAUCAUCCAUGGCCAAUAUUUAAUUAUUUCGGAAUAUUACUUGAUUCAUGUUUAGGAAGCAGUCCAUUCAAUUUCAGAAGAAAGCAUUCUUUCUAAAUGCCUAUAUUUCUGUUAUUGGAACCUUCAUAAAUGACAGUGGUGUGUCUUCAUCAGUAAUGCUGUGAUAGAUGCAAGGUGACUGAGCUGGUAAAUGUACAGGUUAGGGAUGGAUGGACAGCGAGUGACUGAGAUAGACGUGGAGUGACAAAUGAACCUAGAGUAAGUUAGGUGAUCAGUCUACAUAGGUGAAUGAGUUAAAUGUGAUUAUUUUUGCAGUUUAAGUGUGGAGUGGACAUGUACCAUGUUAAAGAAAUAAUAGUUAAAUAAUUUUGUUUUUGUUUACCCAUCUGAAAACCAGGUGAAGUAGCCUGUUGUCAGAAUUUUACAUUUGGCAAAAACUGAAACAUUCAUUCAUUGCAACCUAAUAUGUGUGUUGCAGACAAAAAAAAAAUCUGAAUGUAAUACUAUUAACAAUUAUUUAGGUUCCUUCCCCCACCCCCCACAGGCAAAUGUUUAAAGAUUCUCUUGAGCUAGCUUUCACUAUCCUUAAACUUAUCAAGAGAAUGAGCAGUUUAAUUUCAGAGUUUUGUUAUUUAAACAGGUGACUUUUCACGGGAAGGAGUAUGGUACUCAAUGCGAUAAAGAUUAAAGAUGAGGGAACUUUUAAGCAGCAUCCUGUGGGGCAACAGGAAGGAGUGAUGGAACCCUCACUUCUGUUCUAAGUUGUAAAAUUCCCUUCAUAUAACAACAGUGAACACUGACAAUAAACAAUAAGUGGAAUCCUUUUGGUAUUUAAACUUUUGUUUUAAGAAAAAUGCUUAAUGCACAGACUCGCACACUGCAGUACUGCUACAGUUGGACAAAAAUAAAACCUUACUGUAACCUUAAGAAUAAAUUGAUCAAUAAAGUUAAACACAUCUGUUAUUCACAGUGAUAACUGUUAACAAUAGAGAAAGCGAUCACAAAUUUGACUCAAACUGCAUUCAGCAGUGAGCAAAAAUAAACUUGCUUACACAGAAAAGUGUGAAUUAAUUUUAUAUUAAAAAUAGUGCCUAUAAUUUAAAUUUAUUUUUGAGGUUCUUAUAAUUUUGAUUGUUGAAUGUGGGUUAAUUUUUGUGCCAAUACUUCGGAGUAAAUGAUACUCAGUGUAAAUAAAUGGGCAUGUAUUGCUUUCAAUAUUUAAUUUUUGCUCUGCCAUGUAACUUUUGUAAAUGUUAAGGAACUUGUUUUAAAAAUAUGCAAGAAUCACCUUGUUUAAAAAAAAAUAAACAGUUCUUGAUA